UAUCACAAACAUUUUUCACACGUUCUAAAUACACGUACAGUAUUGUUAUUUAGAGUAUUUGUUGGCAGAAAAAUACAACUGGCCAAAAUAACAUUGCGAUGCAACAUAAUGCAGCAUUUUUAGACCUCAAAUAAUGCAAUAAUAUAGGUUUUUAUAUAACACAAUACUAAAGUUUUAAGUAAAGAAGAGUAUCUGUGAUUUUCAAGCACAACUUUCAUGUGUUUUGGCAUGCUCUCCUCCAGUCUGCUGCUGUGUGACCUUAUGCCACUACUGGCAAAAAAGUGACUCUUCUUUAAUACAUUCCAGAGAUUUUCAAUGGUGUUCAGGUCUGGAGUUUGAGUUGGCCACGACAGCGUCUUGUUCCGGCAGUUCUUCAUGGAGUUUGCUUUUCAUUGAUGAAUGGCUUUUUCUUUUAGCUUUGCAUGACAGCCCUGCCUGCAAAAAAAAAGUUUCAAACCAUCCUCUCUGUGUACUUCACCCCUGCCGUUCGUUUUGUAGGUCUCUUGAUGUCAUCCUACAGUUGUUGGGUGACAUUCAAAUGAGCUGGCGGUCAUCCCAGUCAGUGGAGAGUGAUUUUGCCUCCUGCUGGUCUGUAGCUUUGUUGUCCCCAGUGUCUGCAGCUUGACCUCAUUCUUAUGUUUUUUUCAUUUUAAGCAUGGGAGCAACCUAACUCUUACUCUGUCCCUCUGGCAGUAAAACCAGAACUUUUCUUCAUAGACCUUUUCUUUCCAACUCAAUUUGCAUGGUCAGUAGUUAUUAUUUGAUUAAAAUUACUUUUGAGGUAAUACUACCACUGUUUCUGCCAUCCAAUUGGUCCUAUUGCACCUGGCAAUCCAGGUGAUCAAAUAAUCAAUACUUAAGUAUUGACACAUUGUUCCUCCACGUUAUAGUGGUCGCAUACUGUUUUUCACUUUAGACUUUGAUUCCAUCCAGUUAAUCAGAGGAUAUCAAACAUGUUUUGAUAAGCUGAUUUUAGAACAAGCUCAGAGUACAGAAAGUUGAGAACCUCUGCUUUAGUGUAUUCUCUGUGGCUAUUACAAAGUCGGUAAAUGUAUGCCCAAGCUUCAUGAAUCCGCUAUUAGCCUAGGCUAUUGUGAUUUUUUUUUUGUUUUAUUUUAGGUUACCAGAUGUCUAAGUUGUCAUAGUAUACUGUAUACCACUGUACGCAGGAAUGUAGGCUUGUAUGUCACAGCUUGCAGACACAUCUGUUUUGCGCAUGUCUCAUACAAAGAACCAGGAAACGUGUACAUUCAGGUUCAGGAAAACAAAACUUACAAAAACGAAACCUUAAGGGAAUUUGGUUGUACGCUUACCUUUGUCUGUGCGCACAGGCAAUAAAAUGGCAGAACCCAGUAUUUCAGUGGCUCAAGGCCAGUUCAACUGUUCAGUUUGUCUGGAUCUACUGAAGGAUCCAGUUACCCUCAACUGUGGACACAGUUACUGUAUGAGCUGUAUUUCAGGUUACUGGGAUCAGGAUGAUCAGAAGACAGUCUGCAGCUGCCCUCAGUGCAGACAGACCUUCAAUCCGAGACCUGCUUUAGGUAAAAACACCAUGCUGGCUGAAGUGGUGGAGAAUCUGAGGAAAAGAAAACUCCAAAAUUUUGAUCAGUUUGAUCACUGUUAUGGUGAACCUGGAGAUGUGGAGUGUGACGUCUGUUCUGAGGAGAAAAACAAAGCCAUCAAGUCCUGUCUGGUGUGUCUUGAGUCUUACUGUCAGAAUCAUUUUGAACAUCAUGAAGAAUUUCACUCAAAAAAGCGACACAAAAUGACUGAAGCCACUGGUCAACUGAAGGAGUUGAUCUGCACACCACAUGAUAGGCUGUUAGAAAUGUACUGUCGUACUGACCAGCGCUGUAUAUGCGUGCUGUGUAUGUUGGAGGAUCACAAAAAGCACGAAACCGUGUCACCUGCUGACGAGAGGACGGAAAAACAGAAACUCUUGGAAGAGACCCAGAAAACAUUUAAGCAGAAAAUCCAGGAUAAAGAAACAGACCUUGAGGAGCUGAUAGAGACUGUAGAGUCUAACAAGCGCUCUGCACAGACAGCAGUGGAGGACAGUGAGAGGAUCUUUACUGAGCUGAUCCUCUCCAUUGAGAGAAGGCGAUCUGAGGUGACACAGAUGAUCAGAGAUCAGGAGAAGGUUUUUGUAAGUCAAGCUGAAGGACUCUUGGAACAACUAAGGCAGAAGAUUGAUGAUCUAAAGAAGAGAGAGGCUGAGCUGGAGCAGUUUUCACACACUGGUCACAUCCAUUUCCUCCAGAAUUUCCAGUCUUUCAAUGUCCCUCCCGCAUCUCAGGAAUCAUCUAGCAUCACUGUCAGUUCUUGUCUCUCUUUUGACGAUUUGAUAGUUUUUUUCAAUCAGCUGGAAGAGAAACUGCAGAAUGUUUUUAAAGAGGAGGUAGAAAAAAUACUUAGUAGAGUGCGGUAUGUUGAGAUGAUUCCCACUCCUGAAUACCAGAGCAGGAAUGAGUUUCUGCAGCAUUACCAGAGGAUCACUUUGGAUUGGAACACAGCUCAUGAAUACCUCAGACUUUCAGAGAGGAACAGAGUGGUUACUAACACGAACGGAGGCCAGUCAUAUCGUGAUCAUCCAGACAGAUUUGAUGAUUGCUAUCAGGUAUUGUCUAAUGAGAGUUUGAAUGGACGUUCUUAUUGGGAGGUUGAGAAGAAAGGUUCGAUCGAUAUAUCAGUGUCAUAUAAGAGCAUCAGCAGGAAGGGACGGGGCCGAAAAUGUAUGUUUGGAAGUAAUAAUUGCUCCUGGAAAUUAAGCUGCUCUACCUACUUUUGUUCAUUCUUGCACAGUUACACAAGCAUUUCACUCCCUGUAGUCUCCAGCUCCUGUAGAAUAGGAGUGUAUGUGGAUCACGGUGCAGGAACUCUGUCCUUCUACAGCGUCUCUGACACAAUGACCCUCAUUCACAGAGUCCACACCACAUUCACUCAGCCUCUCUAUGCUGGGUUUUGGGUUUACUAUGAUGCACAAGUGGAAUUGUGUGAUCCAGCAACAUAAAACAGUAAACAUUCACUUUUCCACUGUCAGGUUGAACAUUUUGAACACAUUGAGGAACGGUUCCUGUUACAUUUCAACUUCAGUGCAGAUCAGUGUGGUAAAAUUAGAAUAGAAUUAGAAUUUAGUUUUCACUGGCUAUAUUAACUGUAAUUAAUAUAAAUAUUUCCAUUGGAAUACAAUAUUACCAUUUUUGACUGCAAAACUUUUAUGAUUAGAAGAAAUGGGUCAUUGUUUUUCAUACAGUUUAUGCUUAGCUUUUUUUCUUAUUAAAGUAUUCUUUGUAGGAACCUGUGUGUUUGUUCCUUUAAAACGGCAACCGUACAUUAUUUUAUUAUGUUUUAUAAUUUUAUUUCUUUUAUAUUAAUUCAUUAAGUCAUUAUCAUGUAUAAUUUUUAUUGUUUCAUUUAAUCAUGUAAUCAUUUAUAAUCAUACUCAUUUCACUGAUUCAUUCAUUAGGCAUUUAUUAUAUUAUUUUAGCUAUUUUUUCCUAUUUUUGUUUGCCUUUUAUGAUUGCGGGCUUUUGCGGGUCACUUGUCUUCAUGAGUAAAAAAUUUGUGUUUAAUGUUGUGAAGCUGUAUUUUUCAUGCUUUUGCUUGUGGUAUAAUGACACUGUUAUGAAUAAUGUACCAUGCUGAAUGAUGGUGAAAUUGUGAUGAAAUUACUUGAUGGAACAACAAGUUUUGUAUUGUACUGUACGUAAAUGAAAGUAAUAAUUGACCGUUUUGUGAAUUAGAUGAUUAAACGCAUUUAGGAUUGAAACAUGGCAGAUUUUAUGAAAAUAUCCUGUGAAAAUUCUUAUUUGGGUCAUAUAUUCCAAGACGUAAAUGAGAAUCUGUUUAUAGUUUAAUAAUAAUCUGGUUUAUAGUCACACAUUCAUCUCAAAACAUUAGAUUCGAUUUUGUGUUAUGUACUUUCUUUUGUUGGUAACUAUCAUAUACUCCAGGGGUUUAAUGCAACAAUGCUUGGCAGUGUGCAAUACUUGAAGUGAUUUAAAAAAAUAAAGGUUUCAAAGCUU